AUGCCAGCCCGAUCAUCCGGUCGCAUCGAGAAGGUGCGGAAGAACAAGCAUUCGACGCCCCAUCAGAAAAACCACCGAUGGGAGUCUUUUUCGACCAAAAUCGCAAAGUUCAAUUCACUACAACCUCUGCGUAAAGUUCGACGACAUGACCUCGAGACGGAAGACUUGUCCUCGACGACAUCCUAUCUCCAAAAUGGACUACAAAAAUGGGGAGAACUCAAUAUCUCUCAGCCGUUUUCUUCUUUCAAGAGGGAGGUGUACCCUCUGUGCGACAGCUUGCCUCAGAUUCUGCAUUUCGAGGAACGGAUCUGGGGUUCGCUGGCCAAGUACAUCGCAACGCAAGAUAAAGAAGGACUGGAGCCGUUACUCGAUCUUCUGACGGCUUUUGCACACGACUUGGGAACUCGAUUUGAGAAAUACUUCGCCCGCAGUUUGGAUCUCAUCUUGGCAAUCGCGGGAAAGCCUCAGCCGGUUGAGGUCAUCGAAUGGACCUUUGGUGCUCUGGCAUUUUUGUUCAAGUACUUGUCCAAACUUCUAGUCCCGGACCUCCGACCGACAUAUGCCGUCAUGGCACCUCUUCUUGGAAAAGCCAAGCAUCCUCCCUUCAUCGCACGGUUCGCUGCCGAAGCAAUGAGCUUCCUCGUCAGGAAGGCUGCUGCUCCUUCUCUUCGCGAAACGGCUCUCGUUUCUUUCGUAGACCAUGUGCGGGACGAUAUAUGCAGUUUGGUUGAGGAUCGGCAGUUCAUGCUGUACAAGGAUGGCAUCAUGACAAUGUUUGCAGAGGCCAUUAAGGGGACAGAUCGAAGUAUUCACUCCGCUGGAUCUGCCAUCUUCGUCGUGCUGUUGGAUGCUAUUCCAAAGGAAGAGUGCGCAUUGGCUGAAACGACCACAUGGACAGACUUGGUCUGUGGCGUCUUGACCAGUGUGAUACAUCAUACCGGCGCAGAUACGUUUGGCGAGUUCGCAGAAGCAAUUCUUGAUAGGUGCGAAGCUAAAAUAAAGGAAUCUCAUGAUGAUGAUUCCCAAUGGUGGACAGUGCCAUACAUCAGAAUUCUCGGCGUUCUCGCUGGUGUCCGCAGAGGUGGUCGACUUAGUGAUUGGCCACGCCUUGUCCGACAACUUGUCGCAUUUCUCUCAGUAUCGACACGGCCUGUCGAAGAAGUCGCCGAGAAGAGUGAGAAUGACCUUCUUUGGACAUCGGUGGUGGCUAAUGUGGCGAUCACCUGCCAUCACGCUCCUAUGGAUGCACUUAUUCCCCAAAUUACACGCCUUCUCCAGUCCUUGACAAGAGAGCCUUUUAUGAGAUUAUUUAUACCCUUUUGUUCAUAUUUUAGCGAGCUUGAUCCAAGUCGCUUUGGAAGCCUAUUCCGUAAUGAUUUUCAGAAAUUUAUCGCAACACACUGGUCUCAAGGACACAACGAAGACAUGCUUUGCGUCUUGUUGCCGCAGAUCAUUGAAAACAGAGGAUUUCCUUCCGCCGGUGAGAAGGAUUGUUGCAGGCUUCCUCAGGCAUGGCAGGAUCAGAUUGUCUCUAAAUUCGAGAGCCUGGAGAUAUCGCCUUUCCCUGAAAGAGGGCCGUACAACAAAGAUCCCCAAGUCUGGAGAGAUAGAUGUCUGCCUAAAUAUGCGGCGCUUCUCCGAAUUCUAGAACUGACCGCCGUUCAUCCAUCUACCAAUGCUCGUAUUGCUGAGCUCCUCCUACGCAAACUUAAGCUUGCUCUUCGACCGUCAUCAUCAUUGGCGUCUGAUGAGGUCAACUUCAUCGUCAGCCAAGGAUUUCAUGCUUAUUUGGGUAUGAGCAAGGCCUCAGGUUCAAUUGAUCCUCAGCUCGCCCCUCUGCUCCGCGCAGCCGUGCCAAGAUUUGCACGAUCUGUAGGCUUUCUUCGGACCUAUCUGGCAUACGAGGAAACUUUCACACACGGCCACGAGUCUGAUAAACAGCACGAUGGAUCUAGUAGCGACUCUUCAAACUCCGAAGAUGAUCCUGUAACCCAGUCUCUGGUCGAGAACUUGAGCUCCCCAUCUCAUGAGAUUCGGUUAGUGUCUCUAGAGCUACUCAAGAAGAUGACGACCGUGCCCGAGCAGCUUCAUUUCGUUGACAUCAUGCUUCAAAUUGAAGAAAGUCCACUAAAUCUGGAGCAUACUCGAUCCAUGGCUAUGUAUCUGCGCAAGCUCGGGCAAGAGUAUGAUUCGUUGGCAGAUACGACUUGGCUAAAACAAGGAAUCCCAAAUUUCAUGUUCGGCAUGCUGACAAUUAACCUCUCUCCUGUGUGGGAUAACUCAAUAGAAGCGAUGAAGCAGGUUGCUCAAAGCAAGUUCGGCGAAGAGGCUAUUUCUGUCACUGCCUUUCGAUGGCUGGAAGUGCCGUCUCCGCGAUGGACACCACCCCAAUCGGAAACCAAUUCUUCUCGCACCUUCUACUCGGAUUUUGAGUGUACUACAUUGAACUCUCUCCACAAAUCGGCAACCUUUGUUUCAGAGACCGCUGACGACUCAGAUGGUAUUAUGCUGCGCAAUUUUGACGAUUGCCAGCGACUUGUCGAACCAUUUUUAACAAACGCCAAGGCUCAAGCGUUGAAAGUGUUCAAAGCAUUGCCUUCUAUUGCCGAGAGAAGGUCCCGCCAACUGGUACCCCAUCUGCUUGCCUGGGCUCGUGACGAAGAGGAUACAAACGACGCUGAGGAGAAUUCUCAAGCUAAAUUCUGGUCUCUAUUUGACAGGAAAGGUCUCAUCGGCGUGUUCGCGCAGUUCAUCAACCCAAAGGUUCUGUAUCAACAUGAACAAGUCUACACCAUUUUAUUGCAGCUUCUGGGUAACGGUGAUUUGGAAGUUCAGAAGCUUGCCCUAAAGGCCAUUUUGGCAUGGAAGCAAGAAAGCGUGAAAACGUAUCAAGAAAACUUGGAGUAUCUCCUUGAUGAGGCUCGUUUCAAGAAUGAAAUUGCCGUCUUCCUUCAAGGAGAUAGUAUCAUCAAACCGGAACACCGAGCUGAGCUGAUGCCCGUUCUGCUACAGCUCCUUUAUGGUCGAGCAAUUUCGCGAAAAGGAGCGCUCGGUGGUCGCCAUGGUCAGCAGACGACCCGACUUGCUAUUCUCAGGAAUUUGUCCGUUGCGGAUCUUGGAGGCUUCCUCGAUAUCGCCGUAGGAAAACUCAAGGAUGUGCGAGUAGUUGGCCCAGCUAUUAACCGGAAGAAGCUUUUUGAAGAUGAAAUUAUCUCUAUUCGAAAGCAAUUCGGUUUUCUGAACAUGGCCCUGUCUCUUAUUUCGGAGCUGGGUACUAAUGUGACCCCUUAUAUGGAAACACUCGUCAACACAGUCCUCUACUGCGUUGUCUUCUCUUCAAGGCGACUGGCUGGCACAGCUGCGGAAGCUGAUGCCGAUGCCCCCGAAGAGGAAGAAGAGAAGGCUAGCACUCAUUCAUUGCUCAAGUCCACACGAUCAACCGGUAUCAAGUGCUUAAUAGGCCUCUUCCAGAAUGCUCAGGGCUUUCAGUGGGGGCCUUACCAGGACAUCAUCCUUGAAGAGCUGGUGGCACCUAGGCACGAAAAUCUGCCGGCGGAGACUGCGCAAGGAGUAUCGGGCAUGUUGCAGCUAUUAUCAACUUGGUCUAACCUUCCGAACGUGGCUCUCUUCUUCGCUCCUCACGGUAGCGCGUUGCCAAAUGGUAUCUUGCCUCAAGUCAUUGCUUGCGUAGCAUUCGAAAAAUCGAAGGAACCCGUCAAAAUACAUGUACUUGAAAUGCUUCGAAACUUGGCUAGACUUGCCCUGGCUUCUGCCGACGAGUCUGAGUUUAAUGAAGUUAUCAAAACCGAGCUUCUCGAAACGAACUCAACCGCAAUCUUGAACAGUCUUACCACUGUAUUGAGGACUGGUGACAUCAGCAAUGCCCUUCUAGAAGCAGGCGUCGAAACCAUUCUGUCAUUGGCGCCAAUCUUCCAAAAAUUCGAAGACAUCCAAGCAGUUAUUCGAAUUUCUAGCUUCUUGUUGCAACAACCUGCCCGACGAGUAAACCCCAGGCUCAAGGGCCGGAUCCUUCUUGUCAUUGAAAACUUUGCUUCACUACCAGAUGCGGCAAAGGAUGAGGUACUGCUUCAGGAGGUAUACAAGACCGUUUCAGCCCUUUUCAGCUACUUCAGAGACCGAGAAAACCGUUCGUCACUAUGUCGAGUUCUUUUGGCCAUUUCGAAACAAGAUGAAGAGAUUGCCAAUGUUGCCAGCAUUUGUUACGAGCUGAACCUGUUCAAGGAGGGUCGCAUUGAUGAGCCAGAUUAUGACAGACGUCUUGCCGCAUUCAGUGCCAUCUCGAGCAGCCAUGAUGAGCCAUGGACCCCUAAGCAAUGGCUUCCGGUUCUUCAUAACCUGAUUUUCUUUAUCCGAGUUGAUGAGGAAUUCGGCGUGCUCUCAUCCAAUGCUGCUGAUGGCAUUCGACGCUUAGUUCAAGAGACGGCAGAUUGCCAAUCGCAAGAAACGAAGAGCACGCUUGAUGACCACCUCAAGCAGGUAUUAUUGCCGUCAAUCUAUGGCGGUGCUCGCGAAGAGUCUGAAACCGUGCGACGAGAGUAUCUCCGCGUAUUAGGAUUCAUUCUCACCACAAUGCCUGAAUGGGGCCCUGUGGCCGAUCUGAGUGGCCUCUUAAACGAGCGCCAAGAGGAUUCUUCCGAACCUACGUUCUUCUUUGACAUUCUCAGUCCGGCAACUUCAAAACAAAUCGAUGCCCUGCGAACGCUGGAAGCUGCCAACGCAAGCAAAGAGAUGAGCAGCCAGAAUCUUACUCAGUUCUUUAUCCCCUUGCUGGAACAUUUCAUAUUCGGAAGAGCGGAUAGCGGCGACGAUCAUGGACUUGGUGCACAAGCGGCAAGCACAAUUAGCAAUCUAGCGAUGUCACUCAACUGGAAUCACUUCCGUACAACUUUCCACCGAUACAUAGGUUACAUCGAAUCAAAGCCGGAACAACAGAAGCAUACUAUUCGCUUAUUGGGCAAAUAUACCGAUGCGCUGCUGUUUUCGCUUCCUGAGAGUCCCGAUGCCGAAACCAUGGAGGUGGACCAGGAGGAAAGCUCAUCUUCUGCUGUUCGACGAUUGCGUCUUAUGGCCCCUAAGACUUCAGAACUAUCUACCCAGAUUACUGAUUAUUUCCUACCACCGCUCACCAAACACUUGCACGAAAAGAAUGAAUCCGAGGUUAGCUACCGUGUCCCCGUCGCCAUCACGGUUGUCAAGCUGUUGAGGCUGUUGCCUACCCCCCAACUGAACCAGAAGUUGGCUGGUGUUUUGACCGACAUAUGCCACAUCUUGCGCAGUAAGGCAUUGGAGGCGAGAGACAUGGCUCGUGACACUCUUGUCAAGAUUUCUGUGCUUCUGGGCCCAUCUUUCUUUGGAUUUAUUCUGAAAGAGCUUCGAGGUGCUCUGACCAGAGGCUACCAGCUGCACGUUCUUUCAUAUACUAUGCACUCUAUCCUAGUUGCAACUGUGCCUAAUUUCGCAACUGGAGAUCUUGAUCCCUGCUUGUCAGACGUUGUCACUGUUAUCAUGGACGACAUAUUCGGCGUCGUCGGUCAAGAGAAGGAUGCCGAAGGAUAUGUUAGCCAGAUGAAAGAGAUCAAAAGCAGCAAGAGCCAAGACUCGAUGGAGCUCAUUGCCAAAAACGCAUCAAUCAGUCGCCUCAUUGCCCUCAUGAAGCCGCUACAAGCUCUCCUGAUGCAAAAGGUAGAUCUGAAGAUUGUGCGUAAGAUCGACGCCCUGAUGGCCCGCAUCACGGCAGGACUGUUGCAGAAUCCGGCUGCUGAGAGCCGCGAUACUUUGGUCUUUUGUUACGAAGUUAUCCAAGAAGUAUACAAUGCGCGGAAACCAGAUGCAGAGCAAAAGCUGGACUGGAAAACUCGCAGGUAUCUGGUCCAAAGAGGCGCCAAAAAGAGCGGCGAUCGCGGUCAAACCAGCAAACAUACAUACAAGCUGACCCGUUUCGCUUUUGAGAUGCUGAGAUCGAUGUUGAAGAAACAUGAUAGCCUGCGGACUCCUGAUAAUAUUGCUGGCUUCAUUCCCAUCAUAGGCGACGCUAUUUUGGAAGGUGAAGAUGAGGUCAAAAUCUCAGCCUUUCGACUAUUGGCGGUCAUUGUUAAAGUUCCCUUCACGACCGCUGAUGGAGCAAACAUCUAUAAGAUUGCUGUCAAGGAGGCUACGAAAUGCAUAUCAAUGUCAACUUCCACCACGACUGAGUUGGCACAGGCGGCCUUGAAGAUGCUUGCGGUCGUACUCAGAGACCGACGAGAUAUUGAGGUCAAGGAUGCUGCCAUUGAUAUGCUACUGGGCAAGCUGAAGGAUGACUUUACUGAGCCUCUCUAUCGUCAUAUCACAUUCAACUUCCUGCGAUCUGUACUGGACCGUCGCAUUGAGACUGCGAUGGUUUACGAUACAUUGGAUCAGGUCGGUACCGUCAUGAUUACCAACGAUGAUAAGGAUACUCGAGACUUGGCGCGAGGUGCCUUCUUCCAAUUCAUUCGAGACUACCCUCAGAAGAGAGCCCGCUGGAUGAAGCAGCUCAAUUUCGUCGUCGCCAACCUCAAAUAUGAUCGUGAGGGCGGCCGAAUUUCUGUUAUGGAAGUUAUCCAUCUGAUGCUCAUGAAAUCGUCUGAUGAUUUCGUCCAGGAGGUUGCGGCAACAUGCUUCCUGCCGCUCUUCCUGGUUCUGGCAAACGAUGAUAGCGAGAAAUGCCGUCUCGCAGCUGAAGCCCUCAUCAAGGAGAUCUUCCGCAAGGCAGACAAGGAGCGCGUACUUGCGUUCCUUAACCUUCUCCGGUCAUGGCUUGGCAAGGACGGAAAUCCUGCGGUUGUGAAACUUGCUGUGCAAUUGUUUGGGCAUUAUUUUGAGUGCAAUGAGGAUGCCGCAAAGAACCAAACAGACUUUAAGCUCAUUUUUGACAAAGUCUCGGGCAUUUUGGGCUCUGAGAAUGUUCGUGAGACUGACGGAGGACUUGUGGGCGCUGCGGUUGGCGUUGUGCGCGUCUUCGCCACCACUUUCCCUGAUAAGGCUUUGUCCGCCAACAAGGAGGAUCUAUGGGCUAAGCUGCCACGCUGCCUUGGACACAAGGAUACUUUGGUGAAGCUGUCUGCUAUUCAGCUGAUCAGCUUAUAUCUCGCCGAUUUUGCUAGAAAUGGCGCCAAUACCACAGCUGGCGAAGAUGUUGAAGGGUCUCACGGGCUUGUUCUGCGCGCCACGAAUGUAGAAGAGCUCGUCCGUCUUGCACUCAGGGCCUUGAAUGGAUCCGAGGUCAACGAAGCCUUGGCAGGUGAGCUUGGGCAGGUUCUGAUCUUCCUCGGCCCACGCCUUCCGAUUGGAGAUUCUCCUGAUUCAUCAGGUGCUGAGUCAGAGGCCGCAGACCUUGAGGCGGAAGACAAGGAAGAAGCCACUGCCAAACCGAAAGAUGUGCAGUACCUGUUCUGGCGACUGUCACACAUUCUGCGAAAGGAGAUUCGGCCCAACGCUGCUGCCAUCGUUCCCAAGGUGGUCGCCAUGGAAGUCCUAGAGACUGUUUGCCGCCGGUCUUCGCUUGACCGACUCCAGCCUUCGCUCAAGACCAUUCUGACACCGCUGCAUAAUCUCACCGACCCAUCCAUCCCUGCGCCUUUCAGCAUGGAUGAAGUGUUCAAGACGAAGCACGAAGGCCUCAAGACUAGAGCACAGAUCAUGAUGGAUUCUCUGCAGAAGAAGUUUGGCACAGCCGAGUACAGCAAGCAGCUGAUGUCUAUCCGCGAGGAGGUCAGGGCGCGCCGUCUGCAGCGGUCUAGCAAGAGGAAGAUAGAGGCGGUGGCACAGCCGGAGAAGUACAACCAGGAUAAGAGGAAGAAGUUUGAGAAGAACAAGGAGCGCAAGAAGGCGAGGUCGAAGGAGCAGAAGGUGAUGAGGCAGGCGUACAAGUCAUGGUAA